AUGAGCUUUAAUCUGGAACACGUUCUGGGCUUCAAAGUUAAAAUCACCAAUGUGCUCGAUACGGUGACUGUGGGUCGCAUUUACUCAUACAACUCUUCGAAUAACACAAUCACUCUUCAAGAAUCAAGGAAAGGUCCUAGUCAAUCGCAGCAAUUCAAAGUCAUCAAGCUAAGUUUUGUCAAGUUUCUGGAGGUCGUGGGAGAAAAACCUCAAAAAAACAGUUUCAAAAGAGAUCCUAUCAAACCAUCAGAGGUGAGUAUCGAGAGCAUCCAGGAAAUGCUGCAGAAACGAAUCGAAAGUGCUCGAAGUAGUCAGAGCUGA